AUGGAGCCUACCCCUGGAAGCUCGGACAUGCCUGGAUGUGCAACCUGGCAGAGAACAGCGCUGAUGAUUGCUGCCCGUCAUGGCCAAGACGACGUUGUGGCGCGUGCACUUGAAACUUCUUGUUCACAGCCUCAGCUGGACGUGGUGGACGAAAGUGGCAACACAGCCGUGAUGAUAGCUGCACGGGAGGGUCAUGGGAAGGUAGUGCAGGCUUUGGUAGCCGCAGGGGCGGACCUUUCUAUUCGAAACCUUGCUGGGCACACCGCUGCUGAUGUUGCCAGCACAGACGAAAUUCGUGCAGUCAUCGUGAAAGGUGAAGCCCAAGCAGAGGCGAUUCUGAGGCCGAGCUAUCCAAGCCGGUUCUGA